AUGACGCAUUACUCCUAUGCAAUUAAUUAUCCCAAUUACUCUGCAGUGCUCCCCACGCAUUUGGACAAGUUCUUAUCUUCCUCCUCGAUCCUCCGCAGCUGUUCUCGUGCCAUUCUUCCUGUCAUUGUGCCUGUGCCCUUGUGAUGGAAACCCACAAAGCUCACCACGAAAUCUCGUCGGAGUAGGAGCAGUCUUGCGAAACUCAGGCUAGCAACACAACAUCACUCUCCUUCUCCAGUAGCUUUCGCUUCCCUUGCUUCAUCCUUUUAUUUUAAAGUGCUCCCCACGCAUUUGGACAAGUUCUUAUCUUCCUCCUCGAUCCUCCGCAGCUGUUCUCGUGCCAUUCUUCCUGUCAUUGUGCCUGUGCCCUUGUGAUGGAAACCCACAAAGCUCACCACGAAAUCUCGUCGGAGUAGGAGCAGUCUUGCGAAACUCAGGCUAGCAACACAACAUCACUCUCCUUCUCCAGUAGCUUUCGCUUCCCUUGCUUCAUCCUUUUAUUUUAAAGGAAGGAGAAAUUGAAGAGAGCUUUGUUCCGUUUCGCUGAAGCAAGAAUGAUGUUAAAGGAAGGUUGAUGUGCUACAAACAAGAUUGGACUAGUGGCUUCAUGUCAGGUGUAAGGAAGUUGAGAACUGAGGUCCUCAAGCCGCGUUAGCUAGAAAUACAAAGGCAUCUGACAUUAAUAUUGCAGUAAGUUUCAUCAGGGGGGUGUGCUGUUGCCGAAAAGAAGGCAGAUAGCUUUAGAAAGGAGUCAUCUAUACAUGGAAAAGACCACACGAAAGCGAGGGCGACCUAGAAUUGAAGUCACACAGGAUGUGUUGGAAGCACGUCGUUUAGCUAGACAACGCUACAAUGCUCGUCAUACAGAAGUGGCCACCAAUACAGCUGCUAUUCUGCUGAAGCCCAGAAGUGCAGUUUCAGCAUCCGAGUUCCCGCGAAGACGUACCAACAUCAACAAGAAAAAGGCAGAUUUUGCAACCAACAGCACAAAGUUGGACAUUGGUGCCCAGGAUCAGGUAUGUGGAUGUUGUGGCGCGCUUGUUUGGGCUGCAGAGUUUACGGGUAAACACGGCGGCGCUGGCCCUAAAGCAUACUCGAUAUGUUGUGGUAAAGGAAAGGUUCAAUUGCCGUUACUAGAGGAAACCCCCCAAGAGUUGGCAACACUACUUACUGGAACCGAUCACAGGGCUCUCAAGUUCCAAAAGAAUUGUCGUAUGUAUAACAAUAUUUUCGCCCUGUGCUCAUUUGGUGGAAAUGUAGAUGAAAGUAUAAAUAAUGGUUCUGGACCGUAUGUAUUCCGUGUGCAUAACGAUACGUACCAUGGUAUGGGUUCCCUGUUGCCACCAGAUGGAUGCACUCCGAAAUUUGCUCAGUUCUAUAUGUAUGAUGGCCAAGAAGCAAUAGAUUGGCGAUUAAGAUUCCCUCGUAGCGGUGAUGCGCUCGAUCCUGAUAUAGUUGCUUCCCUGUUACAUAUGCUAACUCGAGACAAUUUUCUGGUCGGCAUCUUCAAGCAACUCCGUGAACGUUACCCUUUAUCGCAACAAAUACCUGUUCAACUAAGGCUGCUAGAACGUAGAACCACUGAUGGGCGUUUUGUUAACCUUCCGAGUAGUAAUGAUUAUGAAUUUGCUGGCCUUGCAGUUGAUGAAGAUUUGAGCACAAAAAGAGAUAUUAUUGUACACUACAGACAAAAGGGAUUGGAGAGGAUAACGGAGCUACACCCAUGCUAUAUGUCGUUGCAGUACCCUCUCUUAUUCCCUCGUGGAGAAGACGGAUAUCGACUAGGAAUUAAAUAUAGUGGUGAUGUAAACGAAGCUCGGGACAAAGAUAAUACAGUGAGCAUGAGAGAAUACCAAGCAUUUAGACUACAAUAUCGGUCUUCUGAGGGACAUACCUUACUUAUGGGUGGUAGAUUAUUCCUCCAGUAUGUAGUUGAUGCAUGGUGUUGCAUUGAGCGGUGUCGGCUAAGGUGGGUGGAAACGCAUCAAUCAACAAUUAGGUCUGAGCUAUAUAACAACCUUGUUGACAGCUAUAGCCAUGGAGAUGUGUCUGCAGCUGAAGUUGGGAAGCGUAUAGUCCUACCAUCUAGCUUCACAGGUGGUUUUAGAUAUAUGCAACAGAACUACCAAGAUUCAUUGGCCGUCUGUAAAGAAUAUGGUCAUCCUGAUUUAUUUGUGACAUUCACUUGUAACCCAAAAUGGACGGAGAUAGAACGCGCAGUAGCAGAUGCAGGGUGCACUGAUGCCUCUGUACGCCUUGAUAUUGUCGCCCGGGUUUUCAAGAUAAAACUUGAUGCAAUGAUGUCAGAUUUAAUGAAAAAGGAUGUAUUGGGGCGUGUCCUUGCAGUUGUCUACACAAUCGAAUUUCAAAAACGUGGACUCCCACAUGCUCAUAUUGUCCUCUGGCUUGCUGAUGACGACAAAUUAUUGUCAACGGAAGAAAUUGAUUCCGUAAUUAGCGCUGAGAUCCCUGACAAAGACAACGACAAGGUAGCCUAUGAGGCAGUUAGUCAACUGAUGAUGCAUGGGCCAUGUGGAGCAGCAAAUCCUAAAUGUCCAUGUAUGGCUGAAGGAAAGUGCACAAAAUUUUAUCCAAAAUCUUACACAAGUAGUACUACAAUAGAUUCUGAUGGAUAUGCCUCCUAUCGCCGGAGGGAUGAUGGAAGAACGGUGGAAUGUAACAAUAUCCUGCUAGAUAACAGGCACGUCGUCCCCUACAAUCGCGGUUUGCUUGUGAAGUAUCAAGCUCACAUCAAUGUUGAACGCUGCAAUCGUGCGCAAUCAAUUAAAUACUUAUUCAAGUACAUUGGUAAAGGCCCGGAUAAAGUUACCGCGGUCCUGGAGCGAGUGAACAAAAACUUAGAGAACACUAAACCACCAACAGCCACACCCAGGAAGGUCGAAUAUGAUGAGGUUAAAAAUUACCUUUCAUGUAGAUAUCUCUCGGCAGCUGAAGCUUCUUGGCGCAUCUUUGGAUUUCCUAUACACCAUAGAGAACCAUAUGUGCAGCGCCUAUUCUUCCAUUUAGAGGAUGAACAGGAAGUAAGAUUUCAAGAUAAUGAAUCAUUACCAGAAAUCCUCGGAAGAUUCCGACCAGAUGCAAGCAUGUUUGUCCAAUGGUUAUUGAACAAUCGCAGAGAUGAGGCAGGCCGUGAUCUGACAUAUGUCAAAUAUCCAAAAAAGUAUCGUUGGGAUAAUGCUGGAAAGUACUGGGCUCGUCGUAAGCAAAAAAUAGAUGUUGUUGGCCGUAUGGUGUAUGCACACCCUGCAAGUGGUGAAAGGUUCUACAUGCGCUUGCUGCUGAACCAUGUCAUAGGCGCAACAUCUUUCGAGGAUAUUCGAACAGUCGAGGGGUUUGUUUGCCCAACAUACAAAGAGGCAUGCUUUCGCAGAGGCCUCUUAGAGUCUGACAAAGAAUGGCAUAUUGCUUUAGACGAAGCCUCGAGCUUCGCAUCCGCACCACAACUAAGGGAGCUAUUUGUGACUAUGCUGUUAUUUUGUGAAGUCAGCAAUCCAUUAGAGCUGUGGGAAAAACAUUGGUCGGAUCUAGCUGAUGAUGUUGAAUACACGCAGAGAAAAUUGUUAAAUUGCCCAACGCUCGUAAUUGCUGAUUGUGAUAAACAAGCGUUCGCUCUAGAGGCAAUCAACAACCUGCUCAACCAGCAUGGAAAAUCAUUGGCCAAUUUCCCAGGCAUGCCGGAGUUACCCAGGGAUUCAACAUCUAAAUUCAGAAAUCAACUACUCCUUGAGGAACUAAUGUACAAUCGACAGGAGCUCGAAGUCGAGGCAAUUAAACUUGUUAAUUGCCUUAACAACAUGCAACGAUUGAUUUUUGACAAGGUGGUCCAUUCUGUAUCUCUGGGAGAAGGUGGUUUUUAUUUUGUUUAUGGCCAUGGUGGGACGGGGAAAACAUUCUUAUGGUCGGCCAUUAUAAGCAAAUUGAGGAGUGAAGGGCUUAUCGUGUUGGCGGUUGCAUCAUCUGGUAUUGCCUCCCUUCUAAUAGAGGGUGGAAGAACGGCCCACUCCCGCUUCAGGAUACCAAUAGAUAUAAAUGAAACGAGUACUUGUGAGAUAAAGAAAAAAACUCAUCUUGCAGAAUUAAUAUGCAAAGCUAGCCUGGUCAUUUGGGACGAGGCUCCCAUGACCCAUCGUUUUAUUUUUGAAGCCGUCGACCGAAGUUUUCGUGAUGUGCGACACACAAUUAAUCCGAAUGCGGCCUCAAUGCCAUUUGGGGGUGUAACCAUGUUGCUUGGUGGAGAUUUCAGGCAGACUCUGCCUGUCGUUCCCAAGGAAGGAAGAGAAGGUAUAGUCGGAGCCAGUAUAAGUAAAUCUUCUUUAUGGAGAAAUUGCAAGGUCUUCAUUAUGGAAGAGAAUAUGCGGUUGGAAAAAAAUAUUCCACCGGUUACAGUUGAUGGAACAUUUUUGAGUUUCAAAGAUUGGAUUCUAAGAAUAGGAAAUGGAGUGCAACAAACAUAUACACUUGGAGAUGGAGAUGACUCGACCUGGAUCAACAUCCCAAAGGAGGUGCAAGUGACUUACUCCGGUGACCCUGUAAAGGCUAUUGUUGACCACAUAUACAAAGACCUUGAUGAGGGACAUGGUUCCCUCGAGUACCUUCGUGACAGAGCAAUAUUGACACCACUGAAUGAGUAUGUCGACAAGAUUAAUCGUGAGGUGUUGGAAAGGCUACCCAAUAGUUCUAGAGUGUACAAAAGCUCAGACACUAUCUGCAAAGGGUCAUCGACUAAUGAGGGUGAUGAGAUUCUAUACCCUGCAGAAUACCUCAAUUCUCUUAAGUUCAGCGGAGUUCCAAACCACGAACUUGAGUUAAAAGUUGGAGUUCCCAUAAUGCUUCUACGGAACCUUAAUCCGAAGAAAGGAUUGUGUAAUGGCACCCGACUUAUUGUGACUCAGUGCUGCCCAUUUGUCAUAGAGGGGAUGAUCAUAACUGGGAACAAAACUGGGGAGAAAACAUAUAUACCGAGAAUAUGUAUGUCACCUGCAGACAAAACAAUGCCAUUUGUCCUGAAGAGGAAGCAAUUCCCAAUUUCUGUGUGUUACGCAAUGACUAUCAACAAGAGUCAGGGCCAAACAGUAAAAAAUGUGGGGCUAUAUUUGCCAAAGCCAGUGUUCUGCCACGGACAACUGUACGUCGCCGUGUCAAGAGUGACUUCGCCAUCUGGUUUAAAAAUAGUCAGCGUCAACGAAGAAGACAUGUGUGAUGGCUAUACAAAGAAUGUUGUGUACCAGGAAAUCUUCAAUAACAUUGUCCCUACGGACUGACUCUGAUUGGGGCACUUAAAUUCAGCAUCCUCCAACUUUCCAGAGUAACAAACUACAAAUACAGAGUUUGUAAAUAGCUGCUCCUUAUGGUUCAUCUAAGGCGGAUCAACUACAAAAGCACCCAGCGGAAGAAAUCAACUACUUAAUAAUCUAAUCUUUAAAUUCAUUAGAUUAGAUUUGUUACAGUACAUGGGUAGAUGAUACUAUAUACUAUUGCUGCGUUCGUGCAUAAGAAUCAUCUCUGUGAUGUAGAUUUCCUAAUUCACUAUAUUAGAUUCAAUUUGAGCUGA